CACUUAUACGAGACGACCUUACAAAACCAGAAGCAAAUGCAGUUCCACUGCCGAUUACUGCGGAGAAAAACCUGGCACCAACAUUAAGAUUUUUGGCAACUGGCGAGACGUUCAGAUCUUUAGAAUUUGCCAUCAGGAGUUCGCACAGCUAUAUUAGCACUUUAGUAAAAGAAACUUUAUUAUUGAAUAUGUGUAAGCAUUUAGUACCAAUGUUUAUACCAGCGCCAUCUACGGACGUACUCAAACGAAAAGCAGAGGAAUUCUGGCAGCGAUGGAAUUUUCCAAAAUGCGUUGGAGCUCUGGAUGGCAAGCACAUGCGAAUUUUCGCCCCUGCCAAGUCUGGAUCUUUAUAUUUCAACUACAAAGAAUAUUUUUCUAUCGUUAUGCUUGCCCUAGUUGAUGCAAAUUACAAAUUCGUCGUUUUGGAUGUUGGUUCGUACGGAAAAGAAGGUGAUAGUUCGAUAUUCAAUAAGUCAGCUUUAGGAAAAAAAUAUUAA